CCAUUUAAUCACUCAGGUAGUACAGAGUACUAUGGUAGUACUGUGCACUAUGCUGUCACCAAAAAGCUACCUACCUACCUACGCAGCUAGCUACCCGACCACCCAACUAGUACUUACUACAGCACAAAAGCACUCAUCCCACACACCCAAUCCCCAUUCCCAUCCAUCCAUUCAUCCAUACUCACAUCCAUACCCACACCCAAUUAAAGCAGGAAGGUAAUCAUCCAAAAACCAGAAACCACCCCUCCAUCCUAUCUACCAGUAAUAACAAACCAUGACUAGUCUAACUAGUCAGACCGCUCCCAACACAAACAAAAACACAC